GGAACUAACAAGUGUGACUGACUGACCAAGUUGUGUGUUUGUUUGCGAUAAUUUGACUUUACAGUUUUUUCUUGUGUAUGACCGUAUUUUCCAUUGAAAUUUAAGUACAUUGAUUCAGUACACCUAUAUUAAAACUUCUUGUGUGUGUUAGUAUGGAUAUUAAGAGCUAUAAAACCAGAUAAGUUCACAAACAGCUGUCAAGACUUUAAUAUGAAUGCCUGGGCUUAACUUUGACUGGGUGCAAGGGUCUAGCCUUUUGGAGUCAAAUAUAGGCCUAUAUUUUCGUUGAAUUCAUACAACGUAGGCUAGAUAGGCUAGGCUAAAAGUAUUCAUUUCAGUAAAAAUAAAAAAACUAUCACCUUAGACUAGGCCUACCUUCAUCAACAAAGAAGACAUUUCAACAUUGAAGGAACAAUGCGGAAGUCUGGCAAUGACAGUUCAGACACACACUCAACGUGUUCGUCUGGCGCUCCCAAGCGAGGACUUGCCCGGUUCUCUCUCAGACGUCUGCUAUACUCGAGUCCUCUGUUGGCGCGCAGGAUACGAGCUGCCUCAGCCACGUCUCGCCAGUCUAAACAGCCAGCCAAAGAGAGCUGUGAACCUGCUUCAGAAUCACAGCCUGGAGGAUGGACUCCGCCUGGAGCUGCAGCCAGUCGUCCCUCGGUCUCUCGAGACACUGGUCUGGCCGAGUGUCCGUUGUGUCUCGCGGAACUCCCUUUAGAGUACUUCCCUAGGCUGUCUACCUGCGCUCACCGAUCCUGUUACGACUGCUUCCAGCAAUAUCUGCGCAUCGAGAUCUCCGAGAGUAGAAUCAGUGUCGCUUGUCCCGAGUGUUCGGAGCCGAUGCAUCCUAACGAUAUCCGAAUGAUUUUGAAUGACAAGCUGCAGUAUGAAAAGUACGAAGACUUCAUGGUAAGGAGAGUGUUAGCUGUGGACCCAGACACACGUUGGUGCCCUGCCCCUGACUGUUGUUAUGCAGUGAUCGCUGCAGGCUGUGCCAGUUGUCCCAAGAUUAAGUGUGAGAGGCCGGGCUGUGACUCGUACUUCUGCUACCACUGCAAAGCUGCAUGGCAUCCCAACCAGACGUGUGACGCAGCUCGAGCUCAGCGCUCUCCCAACGUCAGGUCUUCCUCCGUCUCCUUCAGUCAGGACUCCCAGCACAGAGAUGACAUCAAGCCCUGCCCCAGCUGUCAAGUGUUGAUAGUCAAGAUGGAUGAUGGAAGUUGCAAUCACAUGACCUGCGCAGUCUGUGGAACAGAGUUCUGUUGGCUCUGUAUGAAGGAGAUCACUGACCUGCAUUAUCUCAGCCCGUCAGGUUGCACAUUCUGGGGAAAGAAGCCUUGGUCACGGAAGAAGAAAAUAUUAUGGCAGUUGGGAACCCUGGUCGGGGCACCUGUUGGCAUCGGCUUGGUUGCUGGCAUCGCUGUCCCUGCCAUCAUAAUAGGUAUACCUGUGUGGGUCGGCAGAAAGCUGUACAACAAGUAUGAACAUGCAAACAAGCAUAAGCGCAACCUUUACAUCGCUGCCGGUGUCACUGCAUCAGUGCUUGUAUCGCCAGUGCUGGCUGGGCUGGCUGUAGGUAUAGGAGUGCCUAUCUUGUUGUUCUACGUGUACGGUGUUGUGCCGGUGUCCUUGUGUCGCUCGGGUGGCUGUGGUGUCACUACCUCUGGAGCUGGUGUCAGGUUUGACUUUGAUGACGAAAACGACAUCAUGGGAGUCAUCAGCCCCAAACCUACAGAUGCUGACACAGUCAGUCACCACGGAGGUAACCCCAGUAUAGGGGAGGUGUCGUUGUCUCUGGGCAGUGGCAGUCAGCUAGAGAGGGAAGCUGACAGGGAGUCUGCCAGUAUGGUGGCUCUGGCUGGCAGUAUCAUCUCCUCAAUGCCCGGCGGCCACAGGUUGGAGGUGCAAGCUGAUGUAGCAUCAAGUCAGAGAUUCAGUUUGUCCAGUGAGACGACGUCAAAUGCUACUAGUCUCUCCGACACCAAGUCUCUAGCAGACGACGGAGGAGCGUCUACACGGGCACUGGCUGGCUCUGUGCUCAACUUUAAGGUUGAUGGAGGUUCGUUGUCAAACUACAGAGGGCUCAGCAUAGACACUCCUGCAGACUCAGUGUCUAUGAGGAGUGAUGCUAACAUGUCUCUCAGCUCACUGGAGGAGCUGGCUUCUGGACUCAUGCGCAAGGUGGCCAGACGCAAGCUGCCUGUAGACAGACAGACCAGUGACAGUGGAGAGGACGGAGGUUCUGAGAGAGUCAGGUUUGACGACCAUGUCAGCUUCAUACAGGCUGAGCGGACACAUUGCAAAGUUACCAAGAAACACUCAGGCAGCUCCACCGACAGUGUUACUUCCAACUCUAGGCCUAGCAUUUCGGCCAUGUCUAGUCUACGUAGUUUGUUCUUCCACAGUUCCGAGACUGCCAGGACUGAUCUGCCGCCCACUCCUCGCCCGACUACGUCCAAGGGAGAGACGUCCCGUCCCCCCUCCACUCCUCCUUGUCUUCCCGUCAUUCCCGAACCUCCUACUCUGUCCACUGAUCAAGUUACCAUCUCUAUUCCCGAACCUUAAGUUUGUUUAUAUCAUUGUUUACAAUUUACUGGAUUUAUUUUUCUAUAAUAACAAAGACUUAUAUAAAUUUAAAUGAUCGAACAUGUAUAUAAGGUGUAUAAUUAAGUAUUUUCAUGCUUCCUAAAAUGUUUAUUGGUAGGCCUAAUUUUCCCUAUAAAUUUAAGUUUGGACUGAGUAUAUCGAUAUGGUGUAAAUGAUUGCUUAUAUCAGUUUUGUUAUAUUUAUUGUUUAUAUUCUUAAAAACUAAAAAUGCUCAUUGAUUUUUUGCAUAAUAUAAUGUACAUUUAAUAAAAUAAAUUUACUACAAA